AUGUCUGAUGCUCCAAAAACAAAACAACCGGAACCAGUAAUUUUAAAUUUUCAAUUGAUGCCCGAUGAGUAUAUUCGAUUCAAAUACAGUUAUAAACCAGGUUGUUGUUGUUUUACCUCAAAAACAACAACUGUCACAAAUUUACGUUUGCUUACAGAUGUUAUUAAAACACCAACAAUAUUUUCGAAGCAAACAUCAACUGGAAAACAAACGCAAAAAAUAAUGUAUCUUGCAAAUAUUAAUAAUGUCAAACAAAUAGCAUCGCCUAUACCAUCUAGUCAAAAUAAAUGGUGGAUGAAAUGUAUCGAUAUCUUAACAUGUUCAUGUUCAAGUCCAGAAAAUGAAUGGUUAGAUUUAUGCCAUGGCGUGGACAAUGUGGCAUUCGAUACAACCGAAUCUACGAAGGCAGCAAAUAAUAUGCAAAAACAAUUCUUAGUUGAAAGAUUUUAA